CCGCAUUUGGUUAAAACCAUAACCACCACCCAAAWAAAGGUUUCAUCAUCUAUCCAUCCCUCUUCCAUGGCUUCCAAACCAUCCCUCACUCCCAUCGCCGACCUUACGAUCCAUAAAAUCCCGACAUUCCACAGACAAUUUCUUCAAACAAACCCUACUUUUUGUUCUUCAUCAACAUCGUCACUGCUUCCAAGGAAACUUCYAGGUUCCAAGCUCGUUUCAAGACGGAAAGCGUCUGUUUGUAGUAAUUCACUGAAGCAGGAAACGGUACAGAACCCUACUGCAACUCAGACUCCGCUUACGUCAUCUAAUAAACUUGUUCUCGUCAUUGGAGGCACCGGAGGAGUUGGACAAUUARUAGUAGCAUCAUUGCUAAAUCGGGAUGUUAAAUUGCGCCUAUURCUCCGAGAUCCAGWGAAAGCYGCUACUCUAUUUGGAAAACAAGAAGAGGAGAAAUUGCAGGUGAUGAAAGGGGACACUCGGAACUCAGUGGAUCUUGAGCCAUCAAUGUUUGAGGGUGUCACUCAUGUUAUUUGCUGCACGGGUACUACAGCCUUCCCAUCACGGCGAUGGGAUGGAGAUAACACACCUGARAGAGUAGAUUGGGAAGGCGUGAGAAACCUUGUGUCAGCACUGCCACGAUCACUGACAAGGCUCAUCCUAGUUUCAUCGGUARGAGUAACCAAGUCUAAUGAACUACCAUGGAGCAUCAUGAACCUUUUUGGUGUUCUCAAAUAUAAGAAGAUGGGGGAGGAUUUCGUUCGUAACUCUGGCCUUCCUUAUACAAUUAUAAGACCUGGUAGGUUGACAGAUGGACCUUAUACAUCAUAUGAUCUAAAUACUUUGCUCAAAGCUACAGCAGGUGAACGACGAGCCGUUGUAAUUGGUCAAGGAGAUAAACUUGUAGGGGAGGUUAGUAGGCUGGUAGUUGCUGAAGCUUGCAUACAAGCAUUGGACAUAGAUUUCACUCAAGGCCAAAUAUACGAAAUCAACUCGGUACAGGUGAGCAUUCUAACAUUUUCACAUAUUUGGAGAUUACGAUAUUAAUUCUUCAUACAGACAUCUACAUUGCAACAAUUGUCGUGUUUUGAU